AUGGUGAACGCGGCCUGUGUCCGUGGCGGUGGUGGUGAAACCUCGACACAAGAAGGCGCCACCGGAGCUGUACGAAGUCUGUCGUUCUCAGUGGCGUCGAAUGCGACGUUGAGGCUGCUGUCGAUCCCGGUAGUGCACCCUCCACCGCUGCAUACAAUCGUGCGUAGUGUAGCCGCAGAUUCGUUGACUCGUGAACAACUUUUAUCUAUUGCUAUCAAUUUCAGGAUUUGCUCUCCUUACAGCUGUACAACUGCUUUGGGUCAAUCUGAUUAUGGACACUUAGGUGCACUUGCACUGGCUACUGAACCGCCACAUGAAGGAUUGAUGAAACAGCCACCUGUUAUGAGGACUGAAGGUUUCAUUACCAGGACCAUCUGGAGGAAUAUUCUUGUGGCGUCGAAUGCGACGUUGAGGCUGCUGUCGUUCCCUGUGGUGCACCCUCCACCGCUGCAUACAAUCGUGCGUAGUGUAGCCGCAGAUUCGAUGACUCGUGAACAACUUUUAUCUAUUGCUAUCAAUUUCAGGAUUUGCUCUCCUUACAGCUGUACAAUUGCUUUGGGUCAAUCUGAUUAUGGACACUUAGGUGCACUUGCACUGGCUACUGAACCGCCACAUGAAGGAUUGAUGAAACAGCCACCUGUUAUGAGGACUGAAGGUUUCAUUACCAAGACCAUGUGGAGGAAUAUUCUUGGUUAG